UAUUUUGAGAUUAUAUAUAAUAAUGUGAGCACGCCGCUGCUUCACGCCUUUGUUUUCAUCAUCCCAGCCACACCAAAAUGACUGAUAGUAAUCCUCCGAGACCACCAGAUCCACCCCAGAGCGAUUUCACAGGCCAUAAUCCUUUCGAUGAGGUCUCUGAAUUCUUCAACUUCGAGGAUGACGAUGAGGAACCUGAUCAGUUAAGGAUAGUUUCUGGACAAGUCCCGAAUCAGCACGUCUACCAAAGCAUUGAAGUAAGUGGAUUUGGAGGAAGCACUGCCAACCCUUCUGAGGGGUCUUCCAGUAGAGACAUUAGCAGCAGUGGGGAGGGGAACGUCAGAGAUAGAUUUGCGUUCAGAACACUGUCAGAGGUAGAGAUAAUGGACGAUGGGUACAAGUGGAGAAAGUAUGGGAAGAAGAUGGUGAAGAACAGCCCCAACCCGAGGAAUUACUAUAGGUGUUCGGUGGAGGGAUGCCCGGUGAAAAAGAGAGUUGAGAGAGACAAAGACGAUCCGAGGUAUGUCAUAACAACCUACGAAGGCGUCCACACCCACCUAAGCUUUAGCUAGCUACCUGCCUGCCUCCAACAUUACAAGAGGUUUUCACAGUUUUGUUGCCUACCGUGUCUAGACAUGCAUGGCCUGUUGUUAUCUUAUCAAGUAGUAUUCCGUGGCAUUCGACACUGAUGCCAUGAGUUAGAGUCGUCAGUUAUUGUUCUUGUAAUAUUAGCUCAUCACUUUUGAGGAUUAUGAGGAUCAGAAGGCUUCUGGGUGGGGGUGGUACAGAUCAUAUAUAUAUAUAUGGGAGAUACUUCCAUACUUAAAUAAGAAAAGUACCCUCUAGCCUGCUCGACUUUGGUUGCCAACAUGAAGUCAAAGAAACAGAAGACGUAAUUUCCAAUGAAUAAAGCCUCUACGAUAGCGAGAAAACGAAAUCAUUUACUCUGUGAUAUAUGCAGAUCCAUUUUCUG